GUGGGGGGAGGCGGAGGCGGGGCCGAACGCGCUGGGGUGGGGGGCAGGUCUGCAGUGCCGCUUCCCCGGUGCCCGAGGCGGUCGCGUUGACGCCUCAGCCCCGCGGCCCGACCCCUGCCCUCACCCUGGACUCCCUUACCCGGGGACCCAUCCCAGGUCUCCAGAGAUUCUUGGAAAAGAAGUAGGACGCCUUUCCUGUGUUAUCCUGGCUCCCCAGCUUAUACCCACCAACCUGGCUCCCCCUUCCCUUCCUUUCCCCUAAACCCCAUUCCCAUCCCUGCUCACCUACUGAACAAGGUGUAGAUUAGACCUCCUCUUCUUCCUUUGUAUUCCUAGACGCUCACUGGCCAGGUCCUAUUUCCUCUUAUUUUGAGGAUACUGGAACAUAACUUCACUGUUGAACAAGAAGCUGAAAGACAGAGAGUAAAGCAGAUCUGGGGAAGUGCCCUGAAACUCCAUCAUGGAAGAGGGCUUCCGAGACCGGGCAGCUUUCAUCCGUGGGGCCAAAGACAUUGCCAAGGAAGUCAAGAAGCACGCGACCAAGAAGGUGGUGAAAGGCCUGGACAGAGUCCAGGAUGAAUACUCCCGCAGAUCCUAUUCUCGAUUUGAGGAGGAGGAGGAUGACGAUGACUACCCUGCUCCUGCAGAUGGCUAUUACCGUGGAGAAGGGGCCCAGGAUGAGGAGGAAGGUGGCGCAUCCAGUGAUGCCACAGAGGGCCACGAUGAGGAUGAUGAGAUCUAUGAGGGCGAAUAUCAGGGUAUUCCCCGGGCAGAGUCUGGGGGCAAAGGCGAGCGGAUGGCAGAUGGGGCAGCCCUGGCUGGAGUAAGAGGGGGCUUGAGUGAUGGAGAAGGCCCUCCUGGGGGCCGGGGGGAGGCACAGCGGCGGAAAGAACGGGAAGAACUGGCCCAGCAGUAUGAAGCCAUCUUACGGGAGUGUGGCCACGGCCGCUUUCAGUGGACGCUCUAUUUUGUGCUUGGCCUGGCGCUAAUGGCUGAUGGUGUUGAGGUCUUCGUGGUGGGCUUCGUGCUGCCCAGUGCUGAGAAAGACAUGUGCCUGUCUGACUCCAACAAGGGCAUGCUGGGCCUCAUUGUCUACCUGGGCAUGAUGGUGGGAGCCUUCCUCUGGGGGGGGCUGGCUGACCGGCUGGGUCGGAGACAGUGUCUGCUCAUCUCGCUCUCAGUCAACAGUGUCUUCGCCUUCUUCUCAUCCUUCGUCCAGGGCUAUGGCACUUUUCUCUUCUGCCGCCUCCUUUCUGGGGUUGGGAUCGGGGGGUCCAUCCCCAUCGUCUUUUCCUAUUUCUCGGAGUUUCUGGCCCAGGAGAAGCGUGGGGAGCACUUGAGCUGGCUCUGCAUGUUUUGGAUGAUUGGUGGAGUGUAUGCAGCUGCUAUGGCCUGGGCCAUCAUUCCCCACUACGGGUGGAGUUUUCAGAUGGGUUCUGCUUACCAGUUCCAUAGCUGGAGGGUCUUUGUCCUCGUCUGCGCCUUUCCUUCUGUGUUUGCCAUUGGGGCUCUGACUACGCAGCCUGAGAGUCCCCGCUUCUUCCUGGAGAAUGGGAAGCAUGAUGAGGCUUGGAUGGUGCUGAAGCAGGUUCACGACACCAACAUGCGAGCCAAGGGACAUCCGGAGCGAGUAUUCUCAGUAACUCACAUUAAGACAAUUCAUCAGGAGGAUGAGCUGAUUGAGAUCCAGUCGGACACAGGGACCUGGUACCAGCGCUGGGGGGUCCGGGCCUUGAGCCUGGGGGGACAGGUCUGGAGGAAUUUCCUCUCCUGCUUCAGUCCAGAGUAUCGACGCAUCACUCUGAUGAUGAUGGGUGUAUGGUUCACCAUGUCCUUCAGCUACUACGGCCUGACCGUCUGGUUUCCAGACAUGAUCCGUCAUCUGCAGGCUGUGGACUAUGCGGCCCGAACCAAAGUGUUCCCUGGGGAGCGUGUGGAGCAUGUGACCUUCAACUUCACACUGGAAAAUCAGAUCCACCGAGGGGGGCAGUACUUUAAUGACAAGUUCAUCGGACUGCGUCUGAAGUCGGUGUCUUUUGAAGAUUCUCUCUUUGAGGAGUGUUACUUUGAGGACGUCACAUCCAGCAAUACAUUCUUCCGCAACUGCACAUUUGUCAACACUGUGUUCUAUAACACCGACUUAUUUGAGUACAAGUUUGUGAACAGCCGUCUGGUGAACAGCACGUUCCUGCACAGCAAGGAGGGCUGCCAGCUAGACGUGACAGGCACCGGAGAGGGCGCGUACAUGGUGUACUUCGUCAGCUUCUUGGGGACGCUGGCUGUGCUUCCGGGGAACAUCGUGUCUGCCCUGCUCAUGGACAAGAUUGGCAGGCUCAGAAUGCUGGCUGGUUCUAGCGUGAUGUCCUGUGUCUCGUGCUUCUUCCUGUCUUUCGGAAACAGCGAGUCGGCCAUGAUCGCGUUGCUCUGCCUUUUUGGAGGGGUCAGCAUUGCGUCCUGGAAUGCACUGGAUGUGCUGACUGUGGAACUCUAUCCUUCUGACAAGAGGACCACAGCCUUUGGCUUCCUGAAUGCCCUGUGUAAGCUGGCAGCUGUGCUGGGGAUCAGCAUCUUCACGUCCUUUGUGGGAAUCACCAAGGCUGCUCCCAUCCUCUUUGCCUCGGCUGCCCUUGCCCUUGGCAGCUCUCUGGCUCUGAAGCUGCCUGAGACCCGGGGGCAGGUGCUGCAGUGACGGGGUCUCCGAGGCUUCGGGCAUGGCAGGCGCACUGUGAGACCAAUAGCUUUUCUUCCCUCCCUGCCCUGCCACCCUGGCCCCCAGAACCCUCACCCCCCACUCCUUUGGUGUCUUAGCCGGUGUGGUGUGUGUGUGUGUGUGUGUGUGUGUGUGUGUGUGUGUGUGUGUGUGUGCAUGUGUGACCACUGUGGGCAGGGCCAGUAGGGAAGGCUCUUUCAUCCCAGGUUUGAGAUGAGGCGCUGCUUCCCACCUCCUACUGCCCUUGACUUUGCAGAUGAGAAGACUGAGCCCACCCUGCUUCCCCCAGUGUUAGUGAGGGGUCUUGUUAUCCUGCUUCAGGGGUUCCAGAAUAGGCUUCCCGCUGUCUCCCUCCCUCCCUCUGCUUAAGCCCUAGUGAAACCGUGGGUGUGCAGGUAUGUUGCGGGCUGGGGCUUAGGUAUAUGCCAUGGACCAAAAGAACUUACCAGUGAGAGGGCUCUGUGCCCUCACACUUCCCUUUGGAUGCUGAGGGAGCAGCAAUAAAUCUUGGCCCUCUGGUCUUCACUUUCCCCUUAAUUUGGGCUAUAACUAUGAAGCCUGAAUUUUAUGAAAUUAGCUUUCUGAUUCUUAUUUAUUUAUAUAUUUAUGUUUUGAGGCAGCUCAGCAGGCCUGUGUGUUUGAACGUGUGUGUACAUUUAUGUAUAUGUGUAUGUGUGCCACAAGCUGACGGUGUCACUAUAUUGUCCUCAAAUAUAAGCCAAGGGAAUUUCAAUGGAUACACACACACAAUCCUGCCUCCCGUAGCACCUCCCUGAAGCUGGUGUCUGUGUUGGGCCUGGGAAGGAGAACCCCCAGGCCAUGCUGGGAUGAGGCCUGUGGUUUAGGGAGACCUGAGGGCACCUGACAAGGGCUGGCUCUCCUUCCUGUCAAGCCAAGGCCUCUGGAGGGAGAGGCUCCACCCCUACAGUAGCCAGGAAGUACACAGCUGCUUCUCAAAGCCCUUGUCAUAGCUGGGAGCAGAGAGGGAAGGCACCCAGGGAUACGGUCAAACCAGCAGAUCAAAAAGCACAAGGAGCUGGGCUGAGGCAGGAAGCAGGGCCUCCUGGCAAUCCCUCUAAAAGUGGGGAGAGGCUGGGCAGUGAGAGACACCUAAUGCAGGGACCAGAAACCUUAAUUUCACCACCUCGACCUUCCACACACUUGCCUCUGUAGGUGAAGCUGCCCCGUCCCACCCCACUCUGGCUGCUUUCAUUGGUGCCCUUUCCACCUCCACUGUAGCUGUGAUGUGUCGUAGUUUUUAGCUGUUUGUAAAAUGUUAAAAAAAAAAGAAAAAAGUGAAAAUAACAACAAGCAAAAUCCAAAUUCACCCUCUUCAUGCUGCGUCUGGUGCCCUCAACCCAUGGUCACUUUCAUUUUGUAACUGAACCAGGUGGUGACUGUUUCACUCUGGCGUCUGUGCUAAAGGACUGCCUUCUCCAGUGCCCAGUGUACGAGUAUAUUCUCUCUUCCCUCACCCUUCAUCUGCUGGACACAGCCCUUUUCCCUGCACUCCAGGGAGACCCAGCCAUCUCCUUGUUCUCUUGGGGAACCCUGAACCUGACUCUUGAUGUGAAAAAUGAAAUGAAAAAUUCUGAUGAAAAAUAAAAGGAAACAAAUCCUUAAAAUCCAAAA